AUGGCCACCCCUCGGAGCGACACCAUCAAGACUACCCUCGAAGAAGGCUCUGGUCCCAACCCCAAGAUAGGCGACACUGUUAUUAUGGCUUAUACAGGCUGGCUGAGGGAUCCCUCUCAGCCCGAUAACAAGGGAGCGAAGUUCGACUCCUCAUACGACCGAAGGACGGACUUCGUGACUGAGAUUGGGACUGAGAAAGUCAUCAAGGGAUGGGAUGCAGGAGUUCCUCAGAUGAAGGUUGGCGAGAAAGCAAGACUCGAAAUCCCUUACUAUGAGGCUUAUGGCGACAGGGGUUAUCCUCCUAUUAUCCCUGCUCGAUCGGACCUCAUCUUUGACGUCCACCUGAAGGCGAUCCGAUAG